GAAAUGAAAGGGCGAGAUUUGUUUACAUUAUUCGACCUUAUAAUUCGCCAUUUGCGUUCCCCGUAACCAUCUUCAUCGGUGCUGCGUGCGCCAUCUUCUCCAACCAAACCAAUCACCGCUCCGAACCUACUUUUCCCAACUCCGAAGGCACGUAUUCUGGAAACCCCAACUUUUCAAAUUCAACGACAAAAGCAUAGAAAGUCGUAUUUAGGACUGAGGUUCCUUCCUACCAAGUUCCAGCUAUCAUAUUUGGGACAGUUUUGUAAUAGUAAAUUGAUAAAUUCCGGUUGAAUACUUGAAUCAUCCUUCUUGUUGUUGCCCUUACCGAGCAAGUUGCAAUCUUGGCCAAAAUGGUAUCUGGGUUAAUCAAUGCAAACCCUGUCAUAUAUGAAAAGAAAGAGCGACGAGCUCGAACUGCUCCUUCUGCUCCCCAUGAUGAGUAUGCUGUGGAACCAAUUGACCAACAAGAGAUUUUUGAUCAUAUAAGAGAUAUAAAGGACCCUGAGCAUCCAUACUCCUUGGAAGAGCUUAAGGUGAUCACAGAGGAAGCAGUUGAAGUUGAUGAUCAGCGUAAUUAUGUUAGGGUUACAUUUACUCCUACAGUGGAACAUUGCAGUAUGGCAACAAUUAUAGGUCUAUGCUUACGUGUCAAACUCAUGAGAAGCUUGCCUUUGCGAUACAAGGUGGAUAUCAGAGUAGCACCUGGAUCUCAUGCCACUGAAGCUGCAGUUAACAAACAAUUAAAUGAUAAAGAGCGUGUGGCAGCUGCACUGGAAAACCCAAAUCUUUUGGAUAUGGUUGAUGAAUGUCUUGCUCCAUCUUAUGAUUGAAGGAGCUUUUCUCUCCUUCAAAUGCGUUGGACUGGUGCUUUUGUGCCUGUCGUUGAAGUUGGUCAGCUUUGUUUGUGUAUGAUAUUUUUGGUUGCUGGCGUAUUGGCCAUGCAUUUUGUGUUUACCUCACACAGUUGUUGAAUAGGAAUGCGUAAUUGACAAUGUGAUAAUUAAGUAAACUAUUAAGGUUCUCUGAUCAUUAGCUCAAGAAAAGAAAUAGAAAAUUCUUUCCAUGUUUUGAAGUUGUCA